CAACAUACUUCACCAUUCACAGUACUUGAGCUAUGGCGGGUGAAGAAGGCCAGACAGGGGUCACGGCCACGGCGACGACGGCGGUGACGCAAAACACGGACAAAGUUGAGGGCAGUGACGAAGAUCUUGAUUUUGAGGAGUACAGUGAAAAAACAAACGAAUUCUUUGAAGACAUUAUAAGGAAGAUGGAAAAGGUGGCUCAGUUUGUGAACAAAAUUGAGAGAGCUUUGGUUACAAACAUCACAAGUGAUUUAAGUGUUGUGAAAGCUUUGGUGGUAGAAUUUUGCACCCAAAAUUACAUGAAAGCCCAUGUGAAACACAAGGUAAAAUGCAUAGAUAAAGAAGUUGACGACCUAAUUCAGCAUUUGAAAAAUAAAAGGGAGAAAAAGCAAGAGGAAGAGGGGAAUUCCAAGGAGAAAGAGGUUAAGAAGGAGGAGAGAAAGUUGGUGAAAACCUCUGAAUGGUUGAUUUCUAUUGGUAAAAAAACGGAGAAAAUCAAGAAUUUGGUUUCCCAAUUCGGGAGCCUGCCGGAGGAGGAGAGCGGUGCGGCGGCGGCGUCGUCAACGACCGGCGGUAAGAGGGAAAAGCAGAAAACGGUAUCAAACUCCACGGAAUGCUAUAAAAUGUGCAUCGAAGAGAGCCUCCUCAUUUCGCCAAUCAUCACGGGUAGCCUUAAAAAGAGCUACGACCAUCUUCCGAGUAACGAAUUGAAGCUGUGUUUGCUCAGCCUUGCGGCAUUUCCAGAGGAUUUCAUCAUAAAGAAAAGGCCACUCAUAUAUUGGUGGAUGUCAGAGGGCUUUGUAGUGGAGAAUGGAAAUUCCAAGUCAUCAGCUGAGGAAGUUGGGGAACAAAACUUCACCCAACUUAUCCAACUGGGCUUAAUACAACCUUGGUAUGAAUCAGGCAACACUACAGACCAACCACAUAAUAAUGUUCAUGUACAAGGUUGUAGUGUGCAUCCUUGGAUUCGAAGAAUGUUAGUUCCAAUUGCAAUGGAAGCCCGGUUGUUUGAAUUUUUUGGUGUUCCGAAGGAAGAGGAGCAUCCACCUAUGACGAUGACUGGGAAUCCCAGAAGCCGACGUGUGUGCUUAUAUGAUGAUGGAGAUGGAGAAGGAGUUGAGCAUACUGCCACUUGGAAAACUAGAAACCGGAAAUAUCACAAGCUUUCUGAAGAAAGGUUGAAAUGGAUUAAAGCUCAGUACUAUAGAGUGCAGCGGGGGGUUGAUAAGGAAUUGUUGUUACAAAUGCCAAAGGAUAUUAAAGAGGUGUCCGAAAGGCAAAAGAAGCUGAUACUGUCUUCUAAAUUUAUAACUGAUCUCAAUAAUUUGGUUGCAGAAGUCGCCCAUGGAAAAGUGAAACAUGGAAGCGAUGAUGAUGAUGCCCUCCUGGCUGCCGUCAAUAAGCGGCUAAACGAUCUCAAGACUCGAAUUGAAGAUGAUGAUGUUGGAAACAACAUUACGGAAUUGCAUGAUGAGCAAAUGAAACUGCAAAAUGAGAUUGAGGGCUUGCACAAACAAUUCCAAGUGCGUAUGGAACAUCAGAUAAAUUAUCUGGAUAGGGUGCUGGAUCCCAAGUGGGUGAAUGAUUCUGUGGUCGUCUACAACAGAAAAAAAAACUGUGAGAUUUUGCAAGAAAAAGAGGUGUUAUUUGGCCACAAUGACCUCAACAACCCAUUUCCAUUUCCUUUUCUAAUGAAGGAGAAGAACAACAAAAGGACCACCGCACGUACUAGUAGUAGUAGUAGUAACGCCGACCAGAAUGAGCAAGCCAAAAAAAGUGACGAGGAGGCGGAGAGAUUACUGGCAAUCAUCAAUGUUACCCUAAAAUACUUGGAUAUGGAUCAUGAACCCUUUGGGAAAAUGAAAUGGCUUCGAACUCUUCACUUGGGAAGGUGGCGAGACUCCUUGCCUGUACCUCACAUUGAGGUUGAAAAUGACCGCAUCUUCGAAGCCCUGUUCCAUGUGGCCAACCAUUUGAAAUACCUGAGUCUCAGAGGGAUUUCAAGGAUCACUUCAUUGCCCUCCACUAUUUCUAAAUGCUGCAACCUCCAAAUCCUGGACCUCAAGGCCUGUUACAAUUUGGAAACUCUUCCUACUGAGAUUAACAAGCUCUAUAAGCUCACUCAUUUGGAUGUUUCAGAAUGUUACCUCCUUCAGACCAAUUUGUGGAGCCUUGUUCAAAACCUUCAGUGCCUCCAAACCUUAAAGGGUCUCAAGCUAGAUCAAUCCACUCUCAACUCUCUUCAAGCCUUGGCAGCUUCUGGUACCUUAAGGAAAUUGAGCAUCAUACUCACUACACCCACCUUCAACAUAGAUCUACUAACCAGUUUGAGCAAGCUUUGCAUUCUCACAAUAACAUGGAGGAUAACACCAGAUACCCAGCCAAAAGUCAGCACUGAGAAUCUGCCACAGCAACAACAAGCUGCAGAAGAAAUUAGUGCCAACACUGAGACCACAUCACACCCAAAACCAGAAAAAAGUGGUGAUGAUGGUGGUGGUGCCAGCACUGAGAAUCCGGCACAGCAACAACCUGCAGGAGGAGAAAUUAGUGCCAACACUGAGACCACACCACACCCAAAACCAGAAAUAAGUGAUGCCAACACUGAGAGCACGCCACAGAAAAAUCCAGAAAAAAGUGAUGGUGCCAGCACUAGGAAUCAGCCACAGAAAAACCCCACACAAAAAAGUGAUGAAGAAGAGGAGGAAGGUAUUGAGGUUCUGCCAAAUCUAAAGAAGCUUGACCUGAGAUGCUAUCCAGAUAAAACUUGGCCAAAUUGGGUUAAGAAGUUUUCUUCAUUGGAAACACUUUACAUCACCGGAGGAGACCUGGAGGAGUUUCCCAUGUUAGAUCUGGAUCUACAAAAACUCCAACUUCUGCGUUUCAAAUAUUUAACCAAACUCAAAUUGGGUCAGGAUUUCAACACAUCUCAACUAAAAUCCACCAAAUUUCCCUCUCUCAUCACCUUCCUUAACCAUGACAGCAAGCCUAAGAAGUGAGAAGGAUGCAUAUCGCUCCCAUCAUAUCCCAACGCGCAAUAUAUAUAGUUGCAGCGUUAGUUACUAUUUUCCUAUUUGAUUUGAAGUCCUUUUUUGUUUUCUUUUUCUUUAUUUUUCCAAUAAAUCUGUUGUUGUGUCUAUUAUGCGGUAGCAUUCAUGAGAUGCUUGCUGCCAUUUUGUUGUUGUAUUGAUUAUUAAAUAAUGCGUUUCAGAAAUAAUAUGAUUUGGUGUUUUAAAGAUUGUUUA